AUGCAGAAUGUGUUAGCACAAUUCGUGGAUUACAUGGAAAACAUCGAACAACUCAUAGAUGCGUAUGCAGUCAGCUGUGGGGAUGGAGGUUGGGUACUUAGAGGACACGAGCACCACGGAAACAUAUAUAAAGGACAGACAGUUGGGGAUGUGAUGAAAUGCAGCCUGAUGCUUGGAGCAUUAUAUGUUGUAACUGGGUGGAGCGAUCAGAAGAAGAAUGAUACGGACCCAUCGGCAAAUGAUACGGCCAUGAAGGCUAUUAUGAGGUGCAUCGUGGCCAAUGUUUUUAUGUAUAUAUUGGCUGAAAUACCGUGUGGAAGUCCGUGGAGGGGAGCAGAUCAAGCCUGGUUCGUCAUGAAGCACAUUGCAACGGGAAGCCACGAGAGGUCUAAUCCAAUUUUCACCGACAGAUGUAGGAAAGAUAUGUAUAAGGAUACUAACAUAGGCACAGCGAACUUACAGGACGCGGUAAACCACUGGUUACAGCAAAGUCCGCGUGUACGUGAAAGGCUAACACAACUACAGACCCACCCAAAAUGCAAAAUGGAUUGGGAAAUGUACAAGAACAGUUUGGCACACAGCGGAAACGAUGCAGACAUUUCCAGUAUAUUUAAGACGGAAAACGUGCAAACGUUAGUGAAGGAACCGAUAAAAGAAGUGCUUACGACAAUUAGCAAAAAAGUACAUAAGAAGGUGCAGAAGGCGCGCCAGAGGGCAGAGGGUUACGAGGACUCUACGAAUAGUGAUGUUGACUCUGCGGACGAGGAAGAGGAAGAGCCGCAGAAUGCACAAAAGGACAUGAAGGAAAGGACAGCAACGGAGACGGCAAAGAACAAGGAGGGCGCAUCGUCACCAUCAGCAGCAGUAGGAAGGGCAGAUCCCGGAUCCCCAGAUACACCGCUGCCACCACCCGCGGCACCAGCAGGGGACACGGCAUCCACGGGGCAAGGACCGGGUCAGGGACCAGGACCCGUACCACAACCCCCACCUGCGGCACCACCCUCGACACCAUCAUCACCACCAGAGAGUGGAGCAUCCGGUACAGGAAGUAAUGGCAAUGCAGGAACAGGGUCAACGGCAGCACCAUCGGGAACACCUCAGACAGAAGGUAAGAAAUCAGGGACCGAAUGUGUCACUAAUAUAAAUGAAGAGAGCACACAUAGUACGUACGCUGGCACGCACACAGUACGUCUGAGUAUUUCCUUCACUAACACGGAUCCGAAGUCUGGUUGCUCAGGAAGUAGUACCCCAGGUAAGGACCCUCCCGCGGUUACACCCCUUGUGAAUGAGAAGGGACCAGUGAAAGCACCUGGAUCAACAUCAGGGGAUUCAACACAAACGGAUCCUGCAUCAGCACCAGCAGCAGGACCAGCAGCAACACCAACAGGCACAUCCGGCGACUCCGGUGCACAGGGUACCACGGGUGCUUCAGGUUCACCAGCGCAGGACGGUGAAACGGGUACUAUCGGUCCAGCAGGUAAAGAUGGUGCAGCGAACCCCGCCGAACCGAAGGCCGUCGAUGCAGGACAUAGUGACCAACCCCUUCCCUCUGACAGUAUGUUCGUCGACAACGUAGAUAUUAGUAAUGCUGACAAGGGGGGCAAUGCUACGCCAAAGUCUGGAUCUGCAUUAUCAUCCUUCCCAAACUCCGACCCAACGUUCCUACUCAGAAUUCCAGACGGAGCCGAUAACUUAUCAGGAUCAUAUGGACCGCAUGCGUCCCCCCUUAAUCCACAUUAUUCCACGGAGCACAAGGAUGCAACGCAGGGGACAGAGGAUAAAGGGCCCUCCUUCCCCGACCUAACCGCCGACGUCCUUACCGCCACUACUCCCGUCCUGUUGUUCGUCGCUUCCGUUAUCGUCGCCCUUCUUGGUUAUUCCCUGUGGAAGUAUUUUGCCUACCUCGGACAAAAACGACGACGAACAUAUCGAACCGUUCGUGACGUGCCGUCACCGCCACUCGACGAAGAAAUUCUAGACCAUCUACAACGCGGCGAACUGCCGCCACCCGAUUACGGGUACACAAUGAUUAGGGAUACGCAACCUCCGUCAACAUCCGGUAGAGGCCGCCCCCCACGCGUGCAUACGCGCACGAUCAUCGAGCUACAUCUAGAAGUGCUCAACGAAUGUGAAGCAACCGAAUGGGACAGCGUCAAAGACGACUAUUGGCAGAUUGUCGUGGAGCAGUUUACGCAGGAUUGGAUGCGGGAUGCAAACGAGUAUAGUAGUUCCCCGGCUUCUUCGUCGAAUCACGAUUCACCAGGGACCAAUGUUUCCUCCACCUUCGAUCCACCCACCGAUUCCAACGGAACGGAUCCAUGUCCACCACAUGACCCCGAUCCUUGGAGUUGUAUGGAAACCAUACAGUUAGCAACGGACCCAUGUCCACCGAAUGACGCCGACGAACCUGAUGCAUGUUGUAUGGAAACUAUACAGUUAGAGACGGGCCCUUGUCCACCUAACGAAGAGCACCCCGAUCCAUGGAGUUGUAUGGAAACCAUACAGUUAGAUGCAGAACAGAAUGCUCAUUCCGACCCCGGAGACGCGACGUCGGCGUGCAUUCAUCCCACCUUCGCCGUCCCCGUCCCAGUCACAGAGAUAUCCACCUGUCAGACAGUCACGGACAUAUCCACAUGUGACGCAGUCCCGGACAUACCCACAUGUGCACAUCCUGCGCCCGAAAUCACACAACCACCAGGCUCCGGUAACGCAGUCACAGACACACACACAUGUGAUCAUCCUCAGCCCGACAUCACACAACACACACUCCCAAGCGACACCGUCACGCACAUACCCACAUGUGCUGAUCCUAAGCCCGAAAUCACACAACCACCAGGCUCCGGUAACGCAGUCACAGACACACACACAUGUGCGGAUCCUAAGCCCGACAUCACACAACACACAGUCACAAACGACACAGUCACAGACACACCCACAUGUGAUCAUCCUCAGCCCGACAUCACAGACAGCCCCACAUGCGACACAGUCACGCACAUACCCACAUGUGCGGAUCCUAAGACCGACAUCACACACCAGUUAGUCACAGACAACACAGUCACAGACACACCCCCACAUGCACCUCCAAAGCCCGCAAUCAUACAUCCACACACCAACUCCCCAGUCACAGACACACCCACAUGUGAGGAUCCUAAGCCCGACAUCACACAACACACAGUCACAAACGACACAGUCACAGACACACCCACAUGUGAUCAUCCUCAGCCCGAAAUCACAGACAUACCCACGCACGACAUAGUGCCGGACAUACCCACAUGUGAGGAUCCUAAGCCCGAAAUCACAGACAUACCCACACGUGACACAGUCACAGACAGACCCACACGUGACGCAAUCACGGACAUACCCACAUGUGACGCAGUCACGGACAUACCCACAUGUGAUGAUCCGAAGCCCGACAUCACACAACCACCAGCCACAGGCGCCACAGUCACAGACACACCAACACGUGACGCACUCACCGACACCGCCACGCGUGCGGCUCCUACACCCAGAAUACCAGAGCACGUAGUUACAGGCGCCACAGUCACAGACAUACCCACACGUGACGCAGUCACAGACACACCCACAUGUGAUCAUCCUCAGCCCGACAUCACAGACAGCCCCACAUGCGACACCGUCACGGACACACCCACAUCUGCUGCUCAUGAGCCCGCAAUUACACAACCACCAGGCUCCGGUAACGCAGUCACAGACACACCCACAUGUGCUGCUCCUAAGCCCGCAAUCACACAACACACAGUCACAAACGACACCGUCAAGCACACCACCACAUGUGACACCGUCAAGCACACCACCACAUGUGAGGAUCCUAAGCCCGCAAUCACAGACAUACCCACAUGUGUCAGCGUCACAGACACACCCAUACGUGACACAGUCACGGACAUACCCACAUCCCGACAUCACAGACAGCCCCACAUGCGACACAGUCACGCACAUACCCACAUGUGA